UUGAUAGCAAUGUUUCAUCAUCAUCUUUUUGGGGGUUGGACUCGUUGCGUGAUAAUAGUUACUUUAUUAUGUUUAGGAAUUUCGUGUAGAUCUAAGGUCUAUUUCUAUCAUACUCUGACGAGGGAUUGAAAUUCUUGCAUUGAUAUAGAAACAUUUACAGAUUCUGAGGAGACUGUCAGAGGCCAUCCAGCCUGCUGUUGAAUUGUGAUGAGCCAGUGUACAAUAGACUGAAUAAUACGGGUGGUUUAAUUUUGGUGUUAAUGACCUAUGUAGGGUACUUCUAUUGUUCAGAUCGUAAUAAGACAAUGAUUAUAAUAGGACAAUGAUUAUCUAUAUGCAUGAUACCGGUAGUUUUAUUUUUUGAAUCAGUAUGUAAGAGACUGUAUUUUUCCUUAAAGGAAAAAUUUGAAGAGAAUGGAAAAUUAUUUGAGUAAUAGAAGUGGUAGUACAUAUAAUUAUAAAAUAGGUAUUUAUCCAAGUGUAAAUAUAUGUACGUCAUUAUGAUGACAGUUCAUCUAUAGAUAAGAAAUCCAUACUAUAUUAUAUUCAGUUAUUGUGAUUCUAUAACCAACCAACUUUCAGAAUUAUUGUGGAUUUUACACUCUUAGUGUAGACUUGUAAAAUAAUAGUGUAUUUUCAAAUAUUGUGGAAUCAGUUAUUCAGAAUUUAUUUACAAGGAUUUUAUAGACAUUUCAAUGAUGCAUUUACCCUUGGCAACAAAAGCUUUGUUGGCACCUAAUUUUUCUGUGUAUAAUUCAAGUAAAUAUGUAACAGUACUUUCAAGUUUUCUAAAUCAACACAGUUUUCACAGUAAAUCAAAUUCCAGUACACUCUGUUUGAAUUGUUGUGCUUUAAACUGUCAAGGAAAUUGUCAGAAUAAAAAUGUGAUGAGAAUUCCAAAGCGGUAUAAGAGUCUGUCUGCAAAAAAUGAUGCUAGCAAUGCACUACCUUUAAAAUCCUGGGGUUCAUUUUGUGAUUUCUCUAAGAGAAAUAUGUUGACCUCAGAUGAAACAUCAUCAGAUUUAAAAAGAUUCCUUAAUGAGGUUGGCACCGAUCCUCGAGAAGCCAGGUUUUGGUUAAAACAUUUUCGUACUGUAGAACAACAGAAACCUUUUGCUAUCUUUCAGAUAGACCCAGAAUUAUUUAAUCACCCAGAAGAGCUAAAGACUCUAACAUCCAGUCUUUCGUUUUUACAUCGUAAUAAUAUGAGACCAGUGAUAGUGUGUGGUUCCUAUGUACAUUCUGAGAAAGAUAUCAGUCAGCAGGAAUUUAAGGAUUUAAAGAGUAAAACAGCAUUAGAUAUGACAGUAUUUACAAGUUUAUUAGAAGCUCAUGGCGUGAAAGCUAGACCAUUGUUUGUCGGCAGUGGAUUAAUACAAUGUAAUGAAAACAAUAAGAAAAAAUAUGCAGGUCAAAUAAACAAGAUAAACAUAGAUUUAGUUCAGUGGUGUUUACAUACAAAACAUAUUCCAGUUAUCUCAGCACUAGGUGAAACACCCACUGGUCAGAUUGUACUGUUAGAUUUAUGGUCAUUAACCGAUGAGCUGUCAAAAAUACUUGAACCACUAAAAGUGAUGAAGAUAAAUUUAACUGGUGGUCUAGUCAACGAAAAUAGUCAGGUUAUACCUAAUGUCAACUUACCUGCAGAUCUCGACUCAUGUCAACAAAAACCCUGGUUUUCACAAGAUGUCAAACAUAAGACGUUAAAUAUAUAUAAAUUGUUAUGUUCUAUGCCGAGAGAAACAUCGGUGGUUAUUACAUCUGUUAAUAAUAUUCUACAAGAACUUUUUUCUCAUCGAGGGUCUGGUACAUUUUUUAAAAUAACUGAACCAAUCCAUGUUUAUAAAUCAUUUGAUGGUAUAGAUCUAGAUAGAUUAAAAGACUUAUUUAAUAAGUCGUUUCAGAAAGAUUUAAAAGUUUGUUAUUUUGAUGAUGUUAAAGAUAAAAUAGAUAGAAUAUAUUUAUCUGAAAAUUAUAAUGCUGCUGCUAUUAUACUGCAUGAUGAUACCAACAUUCCUUAUCUAUGUAAAAUAGGUGUGUCUGCUAAAGCUCAAGGGGAGGGAACUGGUGAUAUGUUAUGGCAAUCUGUAACCAAAGAUUUUAAACAACUAUAUUGGAGAUCUCGUAUUGACAAUGUCAUUAAUUCAUGGUAUUUCAAGAAAUCAGAAGGUAGCUGGACAAAUGGAAAAUGGACUAUAUUUUGGUAUGGUGUCAGUGAACCAAGUACGUCAACAGAACUAAUCAAUAAUGCUUUACAUAAGGAACAAUCUUUUCAAAUACCCAGUGAAAAACUUACUGCCUAGAUGUUUUGUGUGAAUUAGUGCUCGGAUGUGUUUUAAUUUUAUUAACCUGUUACUUGUUGCUUGUAUAUAUUGGAAGAUAUGGUAAUCAGAUGAGUUUAAUAAAUGGGAAAAUUAGCCACAAAUAGAAAUCCAAGAUUAUUGUUAUAUUAUGGAAUUUUUUUGGUAGCAAAUUUGCAAUAUGUUUUGGGACUUAUUCAAAGACAAUCCACAGUUAAUUUAAAUUUGUCCAAAGAAAAAUUGAAAUAUAUAUGUUUUGGGGAAUAAUUUAUACCAACCAAUAAAAGAGUAAUGAAAUUAAUAUUUAUUUCUACUACGGUUGGGGUUAUGAUAUCUAUAUUUAUACUGCUUAAUGUAGGAUAGGGGCAAAUUUAUACAUUUUUGACUUGUCUAAAAGUGCAAGCAUACUUUAUGGACCAGGAACUGAUUGUAACAGAAUGACAGCCGUCUUGAAAUUGUGAGGUUAUAGCAAAAAUGGAAGACCGUCCAUCAAUGCACAAUUGUCCAAGGAACAAGCAUGCCAAGCUUCAUGUCAAUUGUACUUGAAUUGGCAAAGCCUUUGGCGUUCCCCACAAGAAGAACAACAACCAGAUGAGUAGUGCUUUUGAACCAAUUCCCGGUCCAAAAAUUGAUAUAUAUGUUGCUUAGGUUGUUGUUGCUUAGGUUUGUUCAAAUGAUAUUUCUUGACCCUAUUGCAAUGUUGUGUUGGAUAUUUUUUAAUUAGUAGUCAAAUUUAAUUCAUGUGACAAUAGUGGGUGCGCAAAUUAUUCGUGCAAAUGUAAACUUGAUAUUCUUUCAAGAUAAUUUUUGCCGCAGCCUAUCUGUCAUGUGCCCAUAAUCAAAUUUCUGUCUUAAGAGUCUCAAUUUGCAGUUUUUGUCAAAUAUGUGUGUGUCAGUAUUAUGAAACUAUUCACGAUAAAACUAGUCUAUUUUUGAUAUUUUGUAAGAAUAAUUGUCUAUAUUCUAGUAAAAGAGUCACUAUCAAUCUCAGGAAGAAAUUAAAUGUAAUUGAUUUAUUGAAAAUAUUCUUAUGCCACCAUAUUAUUGAAAAUUCAACAUAUUAAACUCAUUGUACGACUUGUAAAUUGAAAGUUUAAAAUGGGCAGAUUUGUCUCCAAUAUUGUAUAGAUCUGAACAUGCUCAAUAGAACUGUAUAGUCAACUCAUGUCAAAUCGAAAAUUAUUUUUGAUCAAUCGGUGAAGACCACCAAAAUACUAAUGUGGGACUUUCAUAGUUCAUAAGGGGGGUUGGAUGGCCAAAUGAUUAGCACGUGCGUGCUGUAUCAUGAGGUCUGUCAUUGAGUCAACUGGCGUGGUUUCGAUUCCCCCGGUUGUACGUGACAAGGAGUAGGGUUGCCUGUCACCUCAUGGGUUUUCUCUAGGUCCUCUGGUUUCCUCCCGCUGCUAAAGACCCCUACGCGCAAGCGAAUUAUUGAAAUAAAAUUAGACCAUGUGUUAGUCCAGAAAUGACCUAGCUUGUGUUGAGUGGACAUUAAACCCCAUUUCUCUCCCUCUCUCUCAUAGUUCAUACACUGUACUUAAAGAUGUUAUUGAAUUAUUCUUUUUUAUGUAUUGCUGUUUAAAGUAUAAGUAUACUUGUACAGCCAUAUUUUUUUAUUUACAUAUUACUGCCAUUCACAUACAUGUAAAUGUUUUUAAGUUUUAAUGCAUUUGUUGAAUUAUAUGAAAAAUUUAAAACAUAUUUAUUUUUGGGAAUUGUAUAUAACUCUGGCAUCAUUUUAUUGAUGCUAAAAUAUUUAUAAUACAAAAUAUUUCAAAAGGGGAGGAAUGCGUUGUCUUUGUUGAUAGAGUUGUGUCCCCUUGUGAUAUUACUAUUCAGAAUCAUGGUUUUAUCUACAAACUCAGCAGUGCUGCAACUGUGAUGAUUGGUGGAGAUGUUUUAUUUGUCCCUAUAUUUUUACUCUAUUGUUGCCAUUUCUGGGAUUAAUAGAAAUAAAUUCUGGUUUGCGUAAUUAAUAUUUAUUGACAUA